AUGCAGGCCACCUCCAAAGAUGCAAAUCCUCAGCAAUGGAAAAAUGAAUUCCAAUAUGCCAGCUCUCGUCUACUUCAUAAGCUUUGUGAGUUAUUGUACACCACAACAGAGGAUGGAGUACGAACGGCAACUCACAAGCUCACCAAGAAAACAAGAAAUGGAGAUCAUCCUUCUGAUGCAGAUGUGCUCAAAAUUAUCAUUGAAGAAGUCGAAAAGUCAUGCACUUCUCUUUUUCAGUCCGAGCGAAUUCGAGAAGCAAGGAAGAUGGCAUUACUUUUCACAGAGCAGCCAGACGCUCAUAACGUACAGCCAUUCACACCAUUGAUGCACAUUUUUGUUAAGGCAUCUUCGCUAGAUCGAGAAUAUCACAAACGAACAAUCUUUAUCUGCGUGGAAAUAUACAAUCUUUAUCAUGACGCAAUCUAUGAUGCUUGCGAGGCAAAAGCAGCUUUGAUUAUUGAUGAAUCUUCCAAUUUGUAUAGAGCCAUCAGAAGUCUAACAAAGGUUAUCACGCAAGCAUGUCUAGAAGUUGAGAUUGAUUCGCUGGAUCUAGUGAAAAGAGCUUGCAAUCUCAGCAAUUCUCCUUUUGGCAUCAGAUCUUCAGAAGAAAGCUCAGUUCCUUCGUCUUCUCGAAGAAGUACGAGCGAAAACAUGGACGAGAGAUCAUCACCGAUCACUGAGCAAUCCUUGCCAGACCUUGAUAGCGAUUCGCGUUCUGAAUCCACACAAUCCUCCAUCGCCUGGAAGAAGCUCAAUGGCCAUGCAGAGAUGACCACGAGUAAGGACAUAACACCUGCAACGUACGCUGAAGGUAGCAAAUCAAAUACUUUAGGGCGAACACCGAAAGAUCCAGUGGUGAUCAGCGAUAGCGAAGACGAAGAAGCCCAAAAGACUGUCGAUGACACUGCCAUGCACUACCGCAGUGAGCCAGAGGAGGUGACUGAGAAUUCAAUGGAGAGUAGAGAAUGCAUAAACGAUGUGAUCAAAUCGAUGGAGAAGCAGGUCUUAGAAGAAGACAACCAUAGAGGAGCUCGGAAAGGCAAAGCCAAGGCGAAAGAUUGUGAUGACGAAGAUUACGACUUCCUCAUUGAACUGCGCAAGGAUACGGGUGACCAUUCGAGUGAUUCCGAUUACGCUGAACCAAAAGCAGGAAAGAAACGAAAAAAGCGAUACAAGAAAGCAUUGGCUAGGAUAAGGAAAAAAUACCAAUUUGAUCUGGGCAAGCCCGAUUUGAAAGCUUUAGAAAUCGAUUACGAACAAGUUAUCGAACGUGCAUUGACAAUCGUAAAGUCAAAGAUCGACCAAUACUCUCCUCCAAUUCAAACCUUGUUGCAAAUACGGUCUCGCGAAAGCAUUGUAGAGCAAAUCAAAAACGGCAUAUUGACGGGAGCAGUGGGCCUACUCCAAUCCUUUGCGAAUGGUGAAAUGGUAUCAUUUGAAAGCUUUCGAAUUUUUCCUUCCCUCUUCCCGGAUAAUGAUCUUCCUGUGGUAAUGCUCACGUUGACAAAUUGGGACAGCCCAACUUCAAGCACGAACAGUAACGAUAUCGCCAGAUUUGGUAAUGAUCAAUCUGCUAACGCCGCAAUCAUUUCCAGUACAACUUGCCCAAAACGAAGCAUAUUUGCACUGAAAGAUAAAAUUUUGGAAGCAGAUGUGGUGCCCACGCUACUUGGCAAAUGCAGUGACGGAACUCGACUUGGACAAAUUGCACUUUGGCAAACACCGCCUUACGAGAACGAUUCGGUUUCCGCAACUCAGAGCACGGACUCAAACUCAAAAGAAGAAGAAGAAGAAAAUUCUUGGCGUAAAUUACCUUUUUUCCUUCCGAGCCAAGAUGGACUGUUGUCGGCUGAAGAAAUACGGGAUGCUUUGAUAACAAUUGUGGAAAACGUUUUCAUUGCUGCUUUUUGGCUUUUUCAAUCCGACACUUCAAUUAAUCAAAUCUCGCGUACUGCAUUCCCACGGGCUAAACCUGUGAUCGGGUUGAAUGAGAGUUUAAAAAAAGAUCCUUUUAGCAGAGAAGCGGAAGAAGUAUACAUGAAGAGGAGAAAGAAGACCAGAUCGCAAACCCGGUCAAUGAUGAUGAGAAAUCGGUAA